AUGAUCCGUCGGAAACAAAAGUCACCGCCAAUAAAUUAUUUGCGAACACCAUCACCAGAGCCCUGGUCACAACCACACUCAUCAACGUCCUCGGAUUGCGACGCCGACGACGAGGACACUAUGUCCAUGGAGGACGUAGGACCAUCCCCUCCACUAAGCAUGAGCCUCGACGAGUCGAAACCGUCUUUUCGAGGCUACGGUCCAUAUCAUCCCCCCAGACCCACCUUACCAGAUGUUCUAUCCAAUUCAGCUCCACCACCCUGGACACUGAGCGCCUUCACCGCCUACCUCUCGCAAAAUCACUGCUUAGAAAACCUCGAAUUCACUUUGGAUGCAGAUCGAUACAAGGACAAGUACGACGCAAUGAUCGCUAAGACUAAAGGGGCCUUGUCGCCCGACUUAGAAGACUGCAAACAUCUACGGAUGUUGUGGAAGCGAAUUGUGGAUGCCUACAUAGUGCCGGAUUGCGCCCGAGAAAUAAACAUACCUAGCGACGUCCGCGAGACCUUGCUUUCUCUUCCUUAUCACACGUUGCCCCCGAGUCCCGAAGCCCUGAGGCACGCCGUCAAGAUAAUAUACAACCUCAUGGAAGAGUCUGUGCUAAUACCAUUUCUCAACGAGGCACCACCAUCUUCCAAAGCCAUAAGAAUAAAACAAUCGGGAACACAGGAAGCGGCACGCCGAAAAAGAGGCGGCUCAGACAGCUCACAAGAGAAGAGAACUGCUCGAAGCAAGUCCAAACGGAGAGGAUCGCCCAUACCAGACUCUCCCUUUUCUUCGUCAGAUCCGACCGGUCGGUUGACCCCGGCCUAUACUUCAAGUAAAGGCAGUAGAGCACGAAGCGCUACUUUGAGUACGAACGGGGAGCCCGAUCCUCUCACAGAUGACUCUGGUAGCACCAACAGCCCAUUUCACGAGCCAAUGACUCCUCCAGAGACACCGCCAUCUUCGGAUUUUGGAGGCUCAAGUCCGAAGAGCAGGCCCGAUAAUACGUGGAAAAAAAUGCUCGGGUGGAAGAAAAAGUCAGGUACAAGCAUGCGCGAGAAUCGAUUCAAUUAG